AUGGGCGCCAUAGACGUUCUUUCUCGAAAAUCUGGUGUUAUUGUCGGCGAUGAUGUCUUGAAGCUUUUCCAAUAUGCAAAGGACCAUAAGUUUGCGAUCCCAGCUAUUAAUGUUACAUCAUCAUCCACUGUAGUAGCAUCACUAGAGGCUGCCCGUGAUGCUAAAGCUCCUAUCGUCCUCCAGAUGUCGCAAGGUGGCGCUGCUUACUUUGCCGGAAAGGGUGUUGCAAAUGGUGGACAAGAGGCGUCUAUCGCUGGUGGAAUUGCUGGGGCUCAUUACAUUCGGGCUAUUGCACCCACCUAUGGCAUCCCCGUUGUUCUACACACGGACCAUUGUGCAAAGAAACUUCUCCCCUGGUUGGAUGGUUUGCUAGAUGCUGAUGAGGCAUACUUCAAGAUUCAUGGCGAACCCUUAUUCUCUAGCCAUAUGAUUGACCUAUCUGAAGAAUCGGUCGAUUACAAUAUCGAAGUAACUGCCAAAUACUUGGAAAGAGUAGCGCCCAUGAAACAAUGGAUUGAAAUGGAAAUUGGUAUCACUGGAGGCGAAGAAGAUGGUGUUAACAACGAAGACGUUGACAACAACUCGCUCUAUACUCAACCAGAAGAUAUCCUAGCUAUUUACAACAAGUUGGCACCUAUCUCCCCAUAUUUCUCUAUAGCAGCUGGUUUCGGCAACGUGCAUGGCGUUUAUAAACCAGGUAAUGUUAAAUUACACCCGGAACUUUUGGGCAAGCAUCAAAAGUUUGUCAAAGAAUGUAUCAAAUCUUCCGAGGAGAAGCCAUGCUUUCUAGUAUUCCACGGAGGAUCAGGAUCUACCAAGGAAGAAUUUCAGAUAGCAAUUUCGCAUGGUGUGGUGAAGGUCAAUCUUGACACAGAUCUGCAAUACGCAUAUCUCACGGGCAUUCGGGAUUAUGUCCUCAAUAAAAAGGACUACCUCAUGUGCCAGGUAGGAAACCCCGAUGGAGAAGAUAAGCCUAACAAGAAAUACUUUGAUCCUCGUGUUUGGGUGCGAGAGGGUGAAAAAACAAUGUCGAUUCGAGUAGCCGAGGGCUUAAGAGAUUUCAACACUGCCGGACAGCUUUGA